CCCCUCUCCCUUCUUUUUUCUGUUGUUGGAAGCUUUUUCUUUUGCUCCUCUUUGGUCUUUCGCAUAGCCGGUUCCUGUCAGUGAGGAAGGAAGAAGGCUUGCUUACCUUUCGUCGGCGGAGAACUAAGACGGUUCUGGGUAAACACUGGAGGCGGGUGUCGUUCGAUUCUGCUUUCUACUCGCAAAUGGAGAGGGAUUUCUUGGGCCUAAGCUCAAAAGAACCAUUAGCUACGGUGAAAGAGGAGAUUAACAAUGAUGGAUGCAGAGAAGCAGGCUUCACUCAGGGUUCAGUUGUACAAUGGCCCUUCUCCAACAAAGUCUCUGCUCUCCCCCAUUUGAUGUCUUUUAAGGUUUCUCAAGACGACAAGACCAAGAAGAUGGGAUCUGAUCCCCUCACAUCUGCUGGAUUUAUGGCUAUCUCAAAUCCGGAUGCAUUUGACGCUGCCCAAAAACGCUCUGCUGCUGAAAGCCAGAAACCUUUCAAUCACGAUGUGCAAAGUGGUUUUCAUUUUUCCCUGACUCCGUAUCCUGUACCAAAUGAUGUGCAUUCACUGAAUCGACCUCAAGAUGUGAAGAUCUUUCCAGCUCCCAAUCAAGCAAUUUCUGUUUCCAUGGGACAUCCUUUCUUGAAGAACCAUUUCACCACUGUGGGUCAGAAUAUGGCUGGUAAUAAUGUGAAGCAACAGCUACUUGGGGGUAUACCUGUUACUUUGCCUCAUCUGGUACCCACCAUUGGUUCUGUUGCUGCAAUGACUGAAUCAUGUUCGAAGCCAUCUGCACCUCCCAGUCAACUCACCAUUUUCUAUGCUGGUACUGUGAAUGUUUUUGAUGAUAUCUCCCCUGAGAAGGCACAAGCUAUCAUGCUGUUGGCUGCGAAUGGGUUACCUGUGACUUCUAACAAGGCACAGCUGAAUGUUCAGGCCCCAAACUCAAAGUUGACUUCAGAUGAAGGUGUCCCUGUGAGUCAACCCUUAAAUGCAUUGCCUUGCCCUGGUCUUUCCAGUCCUCUAUCUGUGUCUUCACAUACGGGUGCACAGUCAAGGAGUGGCUCAACUAGCACCGAUGAGCUUCUGGCAGCCAAAACAACUGGAGUCACCACGACUCCUGUUAGCAAAGCGGAGCCUCCAAAAAAAGUCAAUGCAACUGCUAUGUUGCCUUCUGCUGUGCCACAGGCUCGUAAAGCAUCAUUGGCACGAUUUUUGGAGAAGCGCAAAGAAAGGGUGAUGAAUGCUGCCGCACCAUAUAACCCAAGCAAGAAAUCCGAGGAUGUUGCUAAUUUCUCUGCAACUACUUCUGCUGGUUCUAAUAUUCUAUCAGCCAAGCAAGCAUAGUAACCCCAACCUUUAGUAAGGGGUCUAUUAUUUUGGAGAGAACAUUUUGUUGUAAUUUAAAAGUUGCUGUAAAAAGGAGGUGCUUUUGUGUUCUUCCUUUGAUCAAAAUUUAUAGCGACAUUCUUAAGUAUCAAACUGUGUUAAAAGUACAGAGUCAAUUGUUCUAGGGCCUUCCCUUCUUAUUUCAAAGACUAGUUGGAUUUAAGUUUCCGAUUGUACCACAUAUAACAUAUUGUUCACUAUGUAACUAUUUCACAAAUUAUUAUCUUAAGGGAAUCAAAUAUGGGAUUAAUGGGGCAUUUAUAUUUAUGCAUCAA